GCAACCGGAUGUCCCUCAACUCUGCAAGGAGGGCGGCUAAACAGGAGGUGUGCCUCUCCGAAAUUGCCUCCCCCGCCCUAUACGCAGACUCGCUUGCAGUCCGGACGCUAACAAGCGAGGGAGGCGUGGAACGGCUUGCGGGGGGGGGGGGGGUCCCGAACACCUGCCCUGGCCACAGACUUGCCCCUCCGCUAGAGGGGUGGCGAUGUGCGCCUGCGCGCGCCUUUCCGCGAGGUGAACAGUAGCCCCUCCGUGGGCGGUGCUUAGUGGAGGCGAAGUUCGAAGUCGCGACGUCACAGAGGGUCUCCCUGUGACGCAAUGGGCCUUCGGGGAAGCCCGCCAGCUGGGCGGGGGGCUCGGCCGCCGGCGCGAAAGGCAGCCGGAGGAGUGGCGCCUGUUCUGACGACCCCGGGGAAGACACGUGUCGCUGCCAGAGCCCCGCAGCAGAGCUGGAAAAUGCCCGGCCGCCGCGCCUUUGGGGGGCUGACUCUGCCGCUGCUGCCCGUCUCGCUGGGGGUCUUGCUGGGCCUGGCCCCGCGCGCCUCCCCGCUGGACAACGGGCUGCUGAGGACGCCCCCGAUGGGCUGGGAGCCCUGGGGGCGCUUCAAGUGCAACACGGACUGCGGGAAGGACCCCGAGAACUGCAUCAGUGAGCACCUGAUCAAGGCCAUGGCCGACCGGCUGGCUGCGGACGGGUGGAAGAAGCUGGGCUACGAGUACGUCACCCUGGAUGACUGCUGGGCAGCCGGCAAGCGGGACGCCCACGGGAGGCUCCAGGCAGACCCGCAGCGCUUCCCCAGCGGGAUGAAAGCCCUGGCUGACUAUGUUCAUUCCAAAGGCUUGAAAUUUGGCAUCUACAGCGACUUGGGCAAUGCCACCUGUGCAGGUUAUCCGGGCACAACCCUGGAGACGGUGGAGAUGGAUGCAAACACCUUUGCAGAGUGGGAGGUCGACAUGCUAAAGCUGGACGGCUGCUUCUCCGACUCCUCCUUCAAGGCUAUAGGUUACCCCAAAAUGAGCAGAGCACUGAACCAGACUGGGCGGCCCAUUGCCUUGUCUUGCAGUUGGCCAGCUUACGAAGGGGGCCUUCCGCCCAAGGUGAAUUACACCUUACUGGGCCAGAUUUGUAACUUCUGGAGGAAUUACGCCGACAUCGAAGAUACUUGGGACAGCCUCUUCCACAUCAUUGAGUGGUACGGAGACCACCAGGAUAUCUUGCAGCCGGCCUCGGGGCCCGGAAGGUGGAAUGACCCUGACAUGCUGAUCAUCAGCGACUUAGGCCUGAGCCAAGAGCAGUCGAAGGUGCAGGCGGCGCUGUGGGCGGUCCUGGCGGCCCCCUUCUUCAUCUCCUGCAACCUGAGGAACAUCUCGGAGGAGGCGAAGGACACGCUGCAGAACCCGCUCCUGAUCUACAUUAGCCAGGACCCAAGGGGCGUUCAGGGCAGACUCCUUGCCAGGAAGCAGAACUUUGAAGUCUGGAAGAGGCCCCUGGCCGAUGGCCAGUAUGCGGUCGCAGUCCUGAACAACAGAACUGAUGGGCCCCCACGCUCAUUUGCCACCACUCCCAGCCUCCUGGGCAUUUCAGGCUGCAGAGCAGGCUAUAGGCUCUACGAUGUGCUGGGCAAGCUGUCCAUGGGCGCUUACGCCCUCAAUGACACCAUCAGUGCCAAGGUGAUGCCCACCGGGGUGCUGCUGCUCUUUCUGAACCCGCUGUGCUAAUCCUGCCAUUGCGCAGGGCAAGGGAGCCAGGGACGUUUCUGGGAAGGACCAGCUGCUUCCUGCUUGCAGUGAGGCUUCAGCUUCAAAUCUCUUCCCCCCCACCCACCCCGAAAACUUCUCUGAAAGGCCACAUUCUGCUUCUGCUUGGAGACU